AUGAACAACAGUCAAUGGCGCCCGGGAAAGCGUGUCGCUAUCGUUGGAGGAGGUCCAGGUGGUGUCUCAGCCGCCCUCGGCUUCAUAAGCAGAGGCUACGACGUUCGCAUCUAUGAGCGACGAUCCGAUUGCAAACCCAUUGGCGGAGGUGUACUGUUGGCAACUCCAGUACUUGCAAUUCUACGGUCUCAUGGAGUCAACAUCGAUAACUUCGGCCUGCCUACCACCACCUGGUUCAGAAAUCAACAAGGCCAUGAGCGUGCGGAAAUCCCAUUCAACCAUGAAGUCGAGAAGCGUAUGGGGAUCAAAGACUGGCACUACGGCAUGUUACGAUCUGGAGGCUUCGCAAAGAUUCUCGAGCGUGUUCCUGAAGGCGUCAUUCGACCAAAUCACAAUUUCAUCGCUUAUAAAGAACUGCACGAGGAAAAUGAAGUCGAGAUCGAAUUCGAAGGUGGAUACACAUGCAGGGCUGAUAUCCUUGUCGCUGCAGAUGGCAUCAGAUCCGGAGUUGCACGCCAGGCCUUUGGCGACCCGCAACUUUUUCACACCGGCAUUCGCGUUUAUCUUGCUUGGUGCGAUCAGCUGCCAGAUAUCCCGCCAGCGUGCGGAGCCCUGUAUCAUUCUAAGGAACACCAAGCUUCAUUCUUUCCUAUGCUUCACGACGGUAAAGCAGGCUACGAGUGGUGGCUAGUAGAGCCGUCAUACGAUGGCAAGCCACUGCCAUCAGAUAUCGAAGCCCAUGUCCGGAAUAUCCUAGGCACUUUCGCAGAUCCCCUGCCUCGCUUUGCCGACGCUACCAAUUUUGACACCCAGGUCUAUCGUUGGGAAGUUUAUAACAGGCCCUCGCUGAAGAAAUGGUCAGCUGGCCGAGUCGUCGGCCUCGGCGAUGCAGUACAUCCAGUAUCGCCCUAUGCAGCUUACGGGAUGGGCAUGGCCAUCGAGGAUGGCUACUAUCUUGCGCGUUCACUGGAAAGUGUCGAUCUGCGUGACAUCAAAGCGGUUAAUGCAGGCUUCGAGAUAUUCGAAGGUCACAGAGUCAACUAUGUCAACCACAAUGUCGAGUUCGCACGGUUCUUGGGAAAGUUCUUCCACAAUUUGCCGUACCCUCUUGCUUGGAUCCGGGAUCUGGUAUUGGAUUAUACGCCCAUCUUGCAGUGGCUCUUGUCCAAGGAGUAUAUAGACAUGGCAGAGUUGUCAACAGCUACCCUGAGGGAGCUUGAGGUGUAA